AUGAGUGGUGAGAUUCUCCUCGAGGAGAGCGAGGCAAAGUCGAGGACCCCGGUAAAAAUGCUGGUGCAGAAGAUUCGAGCCAUGGUAGACACGGAGGCUGAAUUGGUCCAGAUCUGCUUGGGCACCACCGUUCUUGAGCAUGGAGCGAUGCUGGGUGAUUACUUGGCUCCCGAGACCCAGAAGCCCAUGAUGGAGUUGACGUUCCUCAAGCUGCUUGGCCCGGCAGUCACCGCUGAGGCCCUCACAGGACGCGAUAUCAAGUUGCUGGAUUCGGUUCCUGGUCGCGGGGACCGUUGUCACUUUGACCGUAGCUACCGAUUCAUUUCCUUGGGCAGCUUUGCUGACAAGACGUCCAUGCGGUAUCUUAUGACAAGCAACGAUGACAAGGUGACCCCGUCUGAAGAGCCAAUGUGGAGGCUGAAUGUGCGGAUGCCGGUCAUAGUGUAUCUCAACUUUCGAAGCGAGAUGCAUUGCAGAUGUGCCCGCGACUGGCUGGAAAAAGGUGCUUGGACGCGUUCUACGCAGAUGGAUAGCACCGUAACAUCUGGGAUUCCCAAUGGCCCGUACUCGGGGCCUGUGUUCUUCAAGGCUGUUGACAGCGGCCUGUUAGAUCUGAAUGGGAGCGAUUGCGGAGAGGGUACAUAUUUUGUCUUUAUUGACAUCCAGCCCAACCUCUCAUGA